AUGCCUCCAAAUAGCGAAUUAAAAGGGCACGUUCAGCCAGACACACGCCCAAAGCCUAAAACUAAGCCUCCUGCUUCCCCAAAAAUGCCAAAGCAUACACAAGAGAUAUUCGAAAGUGAAGACGGUCAAAAGUUUCUUGAAACACAAGCAAAGAAGGAACAGAAGAAGAUGAUGGCAGCCAAGAGAGAAGCAGAGCGAGAAGCGCAAUUCACACAACAAGGUGGUGGAAGUGGUUCCGAAAUGCCAGCAGAUUUCUUCAAUCCAAACAACCAGAGGAAAGCUAAGAAGUCAGUCGCGGAAUCCGCAAAGGCCAGAAAGUCCAGAAAGAUUCAAAUAGUAUACGUGGAUGGCGAAGAAACAGAGUUUUCUUGCUCGGAUAGUGAUAGCGACGUCCCAGGUGGAAAUACGACAGCCAAAUCCGUGCCAGUUGGUUCUAAAAAGGCAAAUGUUACGACAGCUAAGGGUAAGAAGUCCAAAGUUAUCAAGCCCAAUGUUGCCAAAACCAAGGUCACCAAAUCCAGAGCUCCAAAACAAUCUGGAAAAGGAGUCGAGGAUGUCGAAUCGAAUCUUGAGCCUGAACCUGCAGCCUCAGGUGAGGGAAAAAAGGGAGCAAAGAAACCCCGUGCGAAGCCAAAAGUUAAGACGGAAAGUGAAAUUGUUAACGCAAAAGCCUCGAGAGAUUUCGUUGCUGCAGCCAAGACUAUGGCCGAAUCACUUGCAAAAAUGAGUGAAGAAGGACGAGCCAAAGCUGUGUUGGGAAAGCAGUUUUACACAGUUCUGGGAACAGCUAGCGGAUCAGAUGGUGCCAAAAAGCUUUAG